GUGCGAUAGCGGACCCGCGUCGCAAUAGCGCUGCUCCUUCAGAGCAGCAGAAAUCCCACCAUCCGGCCCGCGUACACGGUUGGCGCGCUUCGUGCCAUCUCCCGUUCACUUAGCGGCUCAUGCCAGUAUUGUCAGCAUUGCGGUGACGCCAGUAUAGACCGACCGAAGGUGAAUGAAGAUUUCAUUGGCCGACUGGAGACUUGGACUAGCAGGACUCGCUGACUUGCAACUGUUGCUGGAGCUUUCAUUCGCACUGCACAUACUGGCUCCGCAGGUGGACGAAAGGUGCUCGGAAAGCGGGAUUUCGGCCGCAGCUUGUGGGAACCAGCAGACGCAACCAUGGCCCUGCCGGACACGCGGGCCUGCUGGCCAGUGGCGGCCUCAGUCGCGGUCUUUGUCUUCUUCGGCACGAUGCUGAUCAGGUCGGAGUCCAUCAUGUACUUGGGCUUCAUGGACAUGCUUCAUGUCAACCGAGAGAAAGCAUCGUGGCCACUCACUGUCGCCAUCAUCAUGUCGCAGCUCUCAGGACCCCUGUACGGGUUGCUCGGCAUAUGGCUCUCGGACAGGACUCUGAUGGUGGCUGGCGCCCUGCUCUGCGCGCUGCCUGUGAUGGCCUGCGGCUUGGUACAAAGCUUCGGACUUGUCGUUUUCCUCUACGGCGUCCUCUUCGGCCUUGGCUUGGCCUGCGUUGACUUGGUGCCGUACACGGUCGUGGCUCGGCACUUCGUUCGCUACCGGGCCACGGUUAUGGGAUCAGUGUUCGUAGUCGCUGCAGUGUCGGGAUUCGUCUUCCCGCUGAUGGUCGAAGCGCUGCGCAAGGCGUUCUCGUUCCACUACGUGCUGCUCACGCUGGGAGCACUGGAACUGUUCAUGCUCGCGGGCUGCGUCGUCGUGGACCGUGUUCCCCGAAGCGACGACGGUGCUUCCCGCUCCGUCGGCUGCGCCGAGCCGGCCACCUCGCCGUCUGUCGCCGGCGCAAGCAGUCUGGAGAAGGCUUGUAUCGCGAAGUCCUUGACCAAAGAUUUUGUCACGUCUCUGGCCGUUACUAGUGUCCACGCAGAAACCCAGGCGCCCUGCGAGACCGAUCCGCUGCUCGGGAAGUGGCAGCCGGCGAAGAGCAAACUGACGCGCAGCUUGCGCUCGCUCGCUUCCUGGGCGUUCUUGCACGUGGCCGUGUCGCGGGCGGUCUCGCUCUUCGUGAUCACCUCGUUCCUGCUGACCGCCGUCGACUUCGGCGCGGACAACGGCCUCGUCGGCUUCCAGGCGGUCACCUUGGUCACCGCCUGUGCCGUCGGCGACUUGGUCUCGAAGAUCGCGAUCGGCUGCGUCCUGGACGCCAAGGUGCUGAGCCAUGAAGCACUGAUACUCUGGGGCUUCGCUAUCCAGGCAGCCUCGUUGGUAGUCACGGUGCUUGUCAAGAAGUACUGGGUUCUCCUAGUGAGCAGCUUCUUCACCGGGCUCACAGGGGGAAGUCGAAUAUUCGCCUGCACCGUCGUGGUAGCUGAGCUGUUCGACCAACAGUCGCUGCCACUGGGCCUGGGCGUCACAAACUUCAUCGCCGGCAUCGUUUGUCUCGCUCGGCCACCCUUGGUCGGCUACGCACGGGAUGUUGGCGGUUCGUACGACCUCCUCUACGUAGCCCUCGCAAUCAUAAACGGCGCCUUCACGCUCACAUGGACGAUCAGUCUGUGCUGGCGGAGGAUUCAAAGACGCGGGCAGAAGGAGCCACUCACCGGUCUUUCAGACGAAAACGACCAGGGCGUACUGCAAGGUUGAGAAUGAAGAAAGGAAGAAUCAGGAACGACUGUGAUAGCACGUUUUUAUUUGCUCCGGUGGUGUUAACGAAGCAGGCGCAGUAGCUACAUUUAUAUAAUUGUCUACAAGGCACUUCCAGGACUCUGGUAUCACCACGUCUAUACGUACCCUCUGAUGUAAGUGGAAGUAAGGUAGAUGCCGAAGCCUACCAUAAGCAACAACAGAAGGAACAAGCAGAAAGAAUUUGAUUGCAAGAGUCAGAUAAACAUCAUCGUCAUCAUGAGAAAAUGUAAAGCGCGCUGAAGCAGUAGCGACAGACAACUUAGUUGUUCGCAGAAACAAAAUAUUGGACGAAAA